ACUUCCAAGCCGCGGAGAAAUCCUUAGGUUCUUCAUUCCUCCCCUGUUCUUCUCUCUCCUCCAUUCUAGAACCUUCUUCCACCCCCACUCCCCUCCCGCCAUUAAAUUCCACUUACAACUCCUCAACAACAAUUAAAACCCGUAACCCACCAUUAAUUCCAAAUCAAUUUUGAUUAAAACCCCUUAAUUCCCCCUCAAAUCCCAAAUUAUAAAAUUCCUCUGUUUUCCCCUAAAAAUGGAAAGUGUGAUUGUGAAGGAAGAAGAGGUAACUAUCCCCUUCAAUGCGGGUACAGGAUCAUCAUCAAUAUCAUCAGCAUCAUCAUCAAGCUUCACUGCUAGACCUAUGGAGGGUCUUCAUGAAAUGGGCCCACCUCCAUUUUUGAAGAAGACUUUUGAUAUGGUGGAAGACCCUUCGACGGACACCAUUGUUUCUUGGAGUAAAGCUCGCAAUAGCUUCAUUGUUUGGGAUUCUAUCAAGUUUUCUACUUUGCUUUUGCCUAAAUUCUUCAAGCAUAAUAAUUUCUCCAGCUUUGUUCGCCAGUUGAAUACUUAUGGUUUCAGAAAGGUUGAUCCUGAUCGGUGGGAAUUUGCAAAUGAAGGAUUUCUGGGAGGACAAAAGCAUUUGUUAAAGACCAUAAAAAGGAGGAGAAAUAUAGGACAAACCACUCAACACCAAGUAGGACCAUGUGUUGAGAUAGGGCACUAUGGAUUAGAUGGUGAGAUGGAAAGACUAAGGCGAGAUCGUAAUGUGUUAAUGUCUGAAAUCGUGAAGCUACGACAACAACAUCAGCUUUCUAGGGAACAAAUCCGCUCUAUGGAAUCUCGACUUGAGUCUACUGAGAGAAAACAACAGCAGAUGAUGACAUUUCUAGCCAAAGCCCUUUCCAACCCAGGCUUUGUUCAGAACUUAAGGCAACGAAAUGAGCAUGUUAAAGCGUUCGAGGGUUUCGAAAUUGGAAGGAAAAGGAGGUUAACAGCUAGCCCAAGUACAGAGAGUUUACAAGAGGAAGUGUUAUCUGCUGUAGUUGAAGCUACUGAAGGGUUGGCAUCUGUUCAAUCUGAAAUCGAGACAUUGUUCUCAGCUGCAUUAGAUGAUGAAUCAAGCACUGAUGUUAAAGAGCCAGUGUUGGAACCUGAUCCAAUUCCUUCCCCAGUUGUUGCGAAUUUGGGAAAUGUUGGUGAGAUUAGUUGGGAAGAGUUACUAAGUGAGGAUUUGAUGGGUGAAAUGGAAAGUAUACCAGGUGAUGAACAAGAGGUGGAUAUACCAGUUGAGGAAUUGGUGCCAGAUCCUUCAAAUUGGGGCUCGAUAGGUGUGAUCCUGGCCCUCAUUAUUGGUAUGUUAGAGCUUGUUUUUGUAUGUUGGUUUGUUAGAAGUAGUAGUUUUAACUCAUUCUUACAAUAUGCUUGAUUUGUAUUGUAUUGUAUUGUAUUGCAGAAGGGAGACAGGAGGACGCAAGGAGCCGUAAAUGAUGGAUUGAGAGUUUGUUUUGUGUAUUUUUAAGAAUUGGUUUACUAUUAAAACUAAGAUUGAUUUGAGUAAUAUUUUGCAGCAAUCUGAUUCUAUUAUUUGUGCAGGGCAAUCCUAUGACAGAGGAUAGUCAGAUUGAUCAAGGGAACCAUGGUGAUUGUCUAUCAGAAACUAGGAGGCUGAUUUCUGUUUUGCAGACAUGAGAGAUUAUUGUUCUACUUUUGGGUGUACAUAUUUGGUACAAGUACUUACUACAUUUGUGUAAUUAGAACUUGUAGACCUAGAAAUGUCAAAAUUGCCUAGAUUAGAAAUAUGUUUAAUUGUGACUUGUUAACAUCAUCUGCAUAUAUAAAGGAUUGUCUAGUUUUUCCAA